GCUUUAAAUGAGGUCCAAACAUCGCCACGACGCCACUACGGACAACGACCUUUUAACAUAAGGCCGGGAAAACAUGGAAACAGUGAAAAACAAGAAAAAUCGCAAGAUUUCUUUUAUGAUGUUGCUCUAAGCUUCGUUUUGCUUAUAGCUAGGCCCAAAGUCCUUAAUUUCCAUUGCUAAGAAUUUCUUGAGGUCAACACAACUGCCCAACUGCACAAUGGAUGCCGCAAUGGAAGAUCGUGAUUCGGCGACGUACUCCAUCGAAUCGGAGCCCAGCCAACCAACUAGUGGCAAGAACAUUUCAAUAGAUGAUGUUAUCCUUCCAACAGUACGGCGGAGCGCGAUACAAAUAGUCUCCCAACCGAUCUCACCUCGCCGGCAGUUGAAAAAACCGUCCACUGCUAGUGCCACCGGAACCAUGCAGAUCACGAAGUUGGUGCUGAAAACUCCACCCGGCAGCCCGAAACGUCAACCUAAGGUCCCCGGGAUCAUCAUAAGAUCGAUCCAAACCGUAGGCGGCCCGGGAUUGAUCGGUUGCGUUGACCAUCAGGAUCAUGCUACGGUCAAACAAAAGCCCAGUGUACUGAUGGACAAUGGACAAAAUGUUCACGAUGAAACUGUUCCCUAUCGGAUCGUCCCGAUCGUCGACCCGAAGUCCAUUCGGAAGGAUUUCGAAGCACGCCGCGCAGAACGCGAACGAUCGAGUAACGAAUUUCAGGAUUUUCUGCGGGAAAGCUUCAAGGAAAAUAAAACACCUCCGUCCACUCCACCACCUCCACCGGUUCUUGCCACAAGUAAAGCGGUUGAAAUUACCCACAAUAGUGCAAUGACAAGUUCGGGUUCUGAAAGUAAAUCACAUGUGCAUAAUGUGACAAAAUCGUCUUGCGUAAAACCUGAUCCAAUGGAAGUGGUUCCCCAGAUAAAUCCUCCAGCUAAAGAAGAUCAAUCAGUGCAGCAACCCUUGAAUGUAUCACCACCGGUCCCAGCUGCCCGUCGUUCGUUACUCGUAGCAACGGAAAUCCCACCAGAUGUUGUUCAAAAGCCAGCUACAUUGGCACUGGCCGAUAUAUCAAAGGAACCAGUAAUUUUUAUACCACCACCGUUACCUGAAAACUUAGAAUCUCAAGCAAACGUCGAACCGAUGGAACCACCCCGAAAAAGUGUCCCCAUUCGGCAGAGAAAGCAAUUGGUGUCGAAAAGCGUACAAAAUGCUCGUACGCGAUCGCAAUCCUGCGCACCGAAGGUAGAAGAAUGCGCUCGCAAGGACACUGCUCCAAGUGAGCAUCAACGCACACGUCCAUCGACUGCAAGGCCUGCGGUGACAAACUUGCGCAAGUUUUCCUCUACGCCUUCGCUCAAACUGAUUAAACAUCCAGCUGCUGAUGGUACGAAACAGAAUAAUCCUCUUAAACCUUUAAACUCAGCCUCUGACGGUCCAGUUCAUGCUCCACGGAAACCACAACGUUCGAUCGUAAAUACCCCUUCCGGGCCCGCGUCAACGAGUUCCGACAAGCUGCCGUCAACAGUGGGGUCAAAAAUUGGAAUUCUCCGUAAACCGGAUGAUCUGGCGCUGGAAGAUAUCGUUCCGUUCAGUCCCCUGAAGCGUGACUCUCUUUCACAGCCUUCUUCGGUGAAACUGAAACCCACACAGCAAGGUCCGUCCUCGUCAAUGGUCAAUGCACAGUUGAUAGUUAUUAAUGCCGAAAAGUACGAUGAUCAAUCGAUUGCCGAAGCGGAAAAGGAGCUGAAACUGGACGUGCCGAAUGUAUCACUUGUACCGAGUAGUGCCGCUUCACAAAUUCCUGACAAACUUCCGGUAGCAAACCCAGUUGAAGAUCAUGCGCCAGAACCGAUAAAAACGAUUCCAUCCUGGUUAAAGCAAUCACUACGACAACCUGACCCGUAUCCGUUCAUAGUGGCGGUACGGAAGAAACUAGAAGCCGUCCGCAACGUCCGCGACGAAGAAGGAGACAAUAAGAGAACUGCGGAAGUCCAAGGAAAAGACACCAACGUCGAGACACCGAUUCGUAACGCAAAGAGUCACACCUACUUGGAUGCAAUUGAAAGUGUUCCGUUCAUUAGGAAGGCAGAGCAACCGAAUAAUAAAGCGGUGGUUCCGUCGAGGCAACGCCAGGCGAGCGAUGUCGUUAUGGAUGGAUCUAUAAUCAUGACGAACAUCUCAUCGUACGCCUCGUCCAAUACCACGUCAGAGAUAAGCUCCAUCAAGUCGGACAUUCCACCUCCAAUGCCUCCACUGCUUUGUAGUACGAGAGUUGAGGUACCGAAUCAAAUCACCAUUAAAUCGCUGUCCCCAAGGGCCGCAAGCAGUGGUCCAAUAAGUCCCCUUUCGGUCGAACGAAUAUCGCAGAUGAAUAUAGCAAAUCCACAACCAACUGCCUCCAGGUUACCACGUCCAAUCGAUCGGGAGAGAGAGGCUGAUAGUUCGAUACAACACGGAAGCCGAAAGAAUGAAUCACUGGCGUCUCCUCGAAUUAAUUCUGCGAACAACAAUCGUGUAUCCGAGCCGAACGAUCGGUCGCUGAAGGAACUGGAAUAUCAGCGUUUGCUGGAAUCGUUCAAUCGAAGCCUUACGCAUGUCAUCGAAGUUAAUCAGCAGUUGUAUUCCGCCCUCAAGAAUGUCCCGGCACCCGCAGCCGUACCGCAGGAGAUAUUAAGAAUUCGCGACGAGAUGACACAAACUUCGCAGCCAGUGAUGGUGAUUCCAAAAGAGGCAGUCCAAGAAGCACAAAAUCCAAGGGACCAAGUGCCUAAACUUAUCGAACCGGCUGCUUCCAGAGCUGGUGGUAGUACGACAACCGCUUCGAAUUACAGCGAUGAUUUCGAGCACCAAAGCCAAACGGUGGAUGCUCCCGGAACGCCCGAACGAAAAGCGUCCCUGCAUUCCGUCGGAUCGCCUGCGACCUCUUCGACAGAAUCUUCCGGCUCAUCUUCUUCGUCAUCGUCGUCCGAUCAUGGAAGCUCCAGCGAAAGCAGCGAAUCCAGAACCAGUGACAAUAGCUCAUCCUCAUCGGCGUCCUCUUCGUCCAAUGAAGGCAUUGGACCGCAUAACGCCCAGUCGGAACGGCAUCAUCAGAUGGCAGACCAAGCGAGCACCACAGGCGAGAGAAAGAAAACGCGUACGGCGAGUAACACCACCACGGCACACUCGAGUGAUUUCGAUUCCCGAUCGUUUAGCCUUUCGGAUUCGCACAACAACACCAGGAACAACCAUCCGCCGAUGCCGGAUGAAUAUCUCCCAUCGUUCGAGGAGAGUCUGCGUCGUAGCAAACAAGCGCCAGUCAGCGACGAGUUGGACAAACGGCAUCCUCGGGCACAAGAAACUUCCCGAGAUGGCACCAGCACCAUUAGCGAGCGUAUCGAUCGAACUAACGAAGAACGAUCGUUUAGCUUGAGGCACUCGGAGGAGGCCAACGAUUUGCCGGUGAAAGCGGCAUCGUUACCCCUGGCCACUGACACUGAUGACACUAGCUUCGACAGGAGCACGCUCAAGGGUGAAUCCGGUAGCAAAGGACAAUGCACUAAUGCGGCCGACACAACCAUCAACAGCGAACUGCUGGCGGCCAUGUUCAACCGUACGGACUUGGAAGUCUCCAUCCUUUCGGCGACCGUUUCGGAAACGAAUCUUAGCUACUCUUCGAUCGGAAUGUUCGAUCAAAUGAUUAACGGUGAAAAAAGUCGCGAAGAACAGCUCGUAUCACGUGUGCAAGCGAAACAGAAAGCCCUACUGAACCGUGCCAAGGGCCAACUAGCCUGGUUGGAGCUGCAGAAGCAACGGUACCGCGAGAAAGGCAUGACAGAGCACAUUUCGGCUAUCAAGAAGAAGCAACGGGCGAUACUGUUGCGCCUCGAGAAGGAUCGGGCCGAGUUGAACCGAACAAUUAAAAACUCCACCGACUCUUCAGCGACGACCACUGCCAGAACGCCGCUGACGGCGAAAAAUGUUGAUAGCAAGCUUAGUUCCUACUGUUCCUCGCCGACGGGCAACACGGUCGGAUCGCUAACACUUCGUAAAACGUCUAGCAGCAUCCGUUCGGGACAUCGCCAACCACGUACGCCGGAAACUCCACACCAUCAGCGGCAACGUAGAACAGUUGCUGGUUCGACCGUUACCGCCACGACAACGACAACGACAAGUAACUCCAUACAAAUUGCUAUCCGUGGCCGCGAGUUAGAACCGAACGAUCGGUUGGAAGACAUUCUCCUCCGCCGGGAAGCGGAACUACGCAAACGCAAAGAGCACGUGCAGCGUUUGCUCCAAUGGCAUCGAAAGUUGGAGCGCGAAGAAGAGGAACUACUGGCGGUAGAAGGUAAACUGUUGGCUUACAACAGUCGCAAGCUGGAGGAAAACACCGCAGCCCCGAAAGCCGACGAUCCGACAAUUGAGGCCCGGGUACGAAGCAUUGAGCGAAGUCUUAAAACGCUUCAAAGUAUCCCUGCGUCGGUGUCCGGAGGCGCGAGCGUCAAUGGAAGCAUCGAGCACGGCGACGAAGGUGUGGAGGAAGUGGUUAAAAUGGGUGGCAGCAAGCUCAAUCGGCUCUGGUACCGGCUGACCGGCAUCAAGGAGCAGCGGUACGAACCGGGUCGAAACUAUCCAAUCACCCGGCCACACCUGGAAGCACUAUACGAGCAGGCGAAGCGAUGCGUCCUGGAAGGCUUCCAGCGCAACGAAGGGCGGCUAGAGGAGGGCCUGUUCGAGCAGUCGAUCGGAGCAGGAGAGAUGCGGAGUAAUAGUGAACUCGGGGAAACGAACACAACGACGAUGAGCGCAGAAAGCGUAGUCGGAGGAAGUUUAUCCCAGCACACCAUGAUCGAGAGUGAGAAAACAGUGCCUACUGUGGAGGAACGGAAGGAAACACCUGAUGGGGCGGUUGACAUGGAAACCCAGCAAAUCAGCGAACCAUCGGAGCAGGAGGAAUCGAGUAAAACGGACCCCUUGGAACUACACGGAGGCAACGAUGACCGUGGUUACAUGCUCCUAUCUUCGACCGUUGUCAACGGGUGGUCACCGGAGAGUAGAAGAAGUAUCGAAUCGGUCGAGUUUCAUACACUCGAAGAAACGGGUACUCAUUCACAGUCCAUUCCGGAAGCUACUACUUCGAUUGAGGAGGAACCCCCGGGUAGAAGUGAAAGCUACUCUAUGACGUUCGAGGAACACUCGGUCAUCGGUCGCUCCAACGAUCCUGACGCUUCCGACGGUCCUGGACUGGUGGUGGGCGAAGAGUCCCAACCGAUGAUUGAGGACAUGUCCCUACCGUCAGCGUUGCUCAAUAAUACCUCUGGUUGGCUUAACGAAACGGAAGAGACGGCUUCCAGCAGUAGCUGCGAGAGUAGUAUAACGGUGGAACUUUCGGUUCCUUUGGUUGAGCGAAAGGAUGGGGACGAGGGAAGUAGCGCGAAGAACAUCAAGGAGGAAAUCAUUGCUAGCGACGGAAGUGACUCUAUUGUGCAAUCACUUGAGGAAGCAAGCGAUAGCACCGGAGCGACCGUCACACCAACAUCGAUGUCCGUCGAAGCGAUUGAUGAGAACAUUCCUAAGGUUCACGAGGAGAAUGUCGACGCGAGUGAUGGCAAAGGCAAUCAGAAGGAAAGUAUGGGCGAAAUGAUGAUUUCCCCCGUGGAACAGCCAACCGUGGAUGAUACGGAAGACGUUGGAAGCGACUUUGAGGUGGAAGAAGAGGACAUCUUUCAGCUGAGAUCUUCCCGCGUAUCUUCCCGAACCGAUUCGCCGAGUUCUUGCGCUUCCGAGCUGGAGAAGCGACUAGCCACGCUUCAAGAUGAGCUAGAGGAGCUGAGCGAAACGUUCGAGCGGACACCGUUGAUGAAGUCCCCCACAAUGCCCAAAACAAAACCGGAACGAACAACAAGCACCUCCGAGGAUGAGACGAACACGUUCGUGGACGAAGGAUCGUCCGUGUCGGGAACGAAAGAAAAGGAAUCCAGCUCAUCGGUGGCCGUUGUUGUGGCAAACCUGACCACCACCCUUACCCCAGUGGAUCCACCGAGCGUAGUCAAAAUGGAAGUUAAGGUCCUUCCCAAGGCAUCGUCCUCUUUUGUUGAUGGAUCGAUGGGAAUCCCUUCCGCGUCGGCGGUCACGAGCAACCGAGAUUAUCCUGCUGUCUCACCGCACCAAGGGUACACCCCAACAGCGGGCGAAGCUCCACUAUCUCCUCCGGCCGUGGUGCGCAUGCCGGACAUCAUAAACGAGGCGGAAGUGUUGCGCCGUCAGCAGCUCCAGAUCGAGCAGGAAAUAAAAGAGCUCGAACAGCAGGUGGGCUUUUUCCGGGAGAUCCCCAACAAACCGCCUCCUCCGUACAUUCCUCCGGCCAACGGGAGCCCACUGGCGCUGCUCUUCCCGACUGAGGCGCGGAUCAACGAACUGAUCGAUGGUCGUGUCGAGGAAUUGCACCGCGAUCGCAUUCCUCCAGAACGGCUACGUUCCGAUCAUGUCACUAACGUGUACGAAAAGUUGAUCCUCGACAUGUGCAAGGAGCUUUACCGGGAGCUGCGACCGGCCGACCCAACCGUUUCCUUCCGCACGAUCACCCACGAUAAGCGGCCGCUCGUUUUCUACAACCCACCCGAUGCCCUCCGCUGCAUGAAGGACUACCUGCGGGCGAAAGUCCGACGCAUACUGAACGAAGAACAAUUGGCCCUUCAGCAACAGCAUCAGCAUCAGCACCAUCAACAUCAGCAACUUCUCCUCCAUCAUCACCAGCUCCAGCAGCAGCAGCAGCAGCAGCAACAGCAGCCACAACAACCGCACGUACAGCUGCAGCAGCAUCAUCAACUGCUGCACCAUUGCGCCACGAUGCCAUUCCUGUUCGCGAACGGUGGAAAUGCGAGCCGACGGAAGCGCGAUCAGGUCGACGAAAUUCUCGCCCAAGAGAUGCACGAUGAUGACGCACGCUGGACCAACUUCGAUCGGGAGGAGAUCGAGGUGAAGGAUCGCAUCACGGACGUGCUGCUGAAAUCGCUGCUCACCGAGGCACUGCACGACAUGGCCGAAGCGUACCGAUGCAAGGCAAAGGGGGGAGGUAAAGUGAUGGCCGUGGUGCCACAGGAGAGUGCCAUGUGAACAAACCCAGAACAAUGUACUUAACGGGACAGGAGCACGACGGAACAAUCGUAUGUGAUAGCAAGUAUAAAUUGUGUGCAUUAGGAUAUUUUUUCCACUUUUGUAGUGUUAUUGUGAGAUUACGUUUAAACAAGUUGCAUUUACUUUGACUGAGAAUUAGUGAGAAUUUUAACGAUUUUUUGUUACGCGCAGCGUUCGCGUACCAGCGCACACUUUGCUCAAUUUUCCAUAUGAUUGUUAUCAGCUUUUACUGCGCUUAACUAAAAUUCACAGCUGGAAAAUAAAGAAAAUCGCCCUCACUACGGGGAGGGGAAAGCAAACAAA